AGAGAGAGACUCGUUCUUCAUCACUCCACAAAAACCGCUCUUCUGUCUGUUAUGCAUUCAUUCAUCGGUGGUUCAUAUUUUCCAAUUCAAACACAUUCUUUUCAAUCCAAAACCAACAACAAACUUUCUUUGCAAUGAGGAAAGAAGUUGCAGUUGCCGCAGUGGCCACCGUGUCCACCGUGGUGGUGGCCGGAGUGCUGCUUGUCCGUUGGAAGAAACGAGACGAGAGACGAUGGAAACAAACGCAACGCAUGUUUCGCAAAUUCGCCAAUGACUGUGCCACUCCUGUCCCCAAGCUGUGGCAUGUGGCCUUCGACUUAGUUUCCGAUAUGCAGACCAGUCUUUCUGAUCAGUCUCAGACCGAUUAUGUCAUGCUUCCGUCCGUUACCUCAUCCCUUCCCUCUGGUACCGAGGAAGGUUUAUAUUAUGGUGUGAAUCUACGUGAAGAUAACUUCUUGAUGAUGCGCGCAAGGCUUCGAGGGAGAAAUGACCCGAUCACUGAUCUAGAUAGAGAAGAAGUAGAAAUCCCCCCUGAAGUCAUUUCGGGCACUUAUAAGGAACUAUUUGAUUACAUAGCACUAAAGCUCGCGGUUUUCAUCUCAAUAAACACGAAAACAAACCCGAUCGCUCCAAAAGGGAAAAUGGGCUUCACCGUAUCUUUCCCGUUACAUGAUGGACCGGCAGCAGCCGGUGCAAAUGUUAUAAGAUGGAAGUCAUUUCCUGUCAAUGAGGCAGCCGGGAAAGAGCUGGCAAAGGACUUUAACGAGGCGCUCGAAAAACAUGGAAUAGAUUUGCGGGUCACUACAUUGGUAGAUGCUACAUUGGGGGAUCUGUCAGGUGGGAGAUAUUACAACAGGGAUUGUGUAGCUGCUGUUACAUUGGGGUUAGCUACUAAUGCUGUUUAUGUUGAGUCAGCUCAGUUUGUUCCCAAUGGAGGAGGAGUAGACAAAAACAAAUUUGGAGAAAUGGUUAUUGACAUGCAAUGGGGCAAAUUUAAUACUCCACAUCUUCCUAUAACUCAGUUUGACAUGGCCUUGGAUUCGGAAAGCUCGAAUCCAGGAUCUCGGAUUUUUGAGAAGUUGAUUGGAGGGAGAUAUCUAGGAGAGGUAGUGAGAAGAGUGUUACUUAAAAUGGCCAAAGAAACUGCAUUAUUUGGAGAAACUGUUCCGGAUAAACUCAAGACCCCUUACAUAUUAAGGUCUCCGGAUAUGGCUGCCAUGCAUCAAGAUACAUCAGAAAAUCGCGACGCUGUCCAGGAGAAGCUUAUGGAAGUUUUUGGGAUUGCUUCAACAAGUCUAGCAGUGAGAGAACUCGUGACCGAAGUGUGUGACGUCGUGGCGGAAAGAGGAGCUCGUUUGGCGGGUGCGUGCAUAGUCGGGAUAAUGAAAAAGCGCGGGAGAAUCAACGACAAGAAAAGCGUGGUGAUAAUCGAAGGCGGGUUAUACGAGCAUUAUAGAGUUUUUAGAAAUUUAUUACACAGCAGUAUUUGGGAAAUGUUGGGAGGUGCAUUAGCAGAUAAUGUGAUUGUGGAGCAUGCUCAUGGUGGAUCUGGAGCUGGCGCCAUCUUUGUCGCUGCGGCGCACUCGCAAAUCCGCCAUGAGUCCUUCGAUCCGCCUUUAUCCGAAAUCAGAAAUCGGAAGGGGAAUGAUGACGAUGACCAAAUGGACUUGUUGGACUGGAAAGAUGAUCAAUCGGAUUCGGCUUCUUUGAAGGGGGGUGAUCAGAUGGACUCAACUGCCGAGACUAGUGAUCACUCCGACUCGAGUGAUGCCGGGUCGAAAAAUAAGAUUUAAAGCAGUGGUGUUCAUCGAGUCGAAUAAUUCGAAUUCCGGGUUAUUCAAUUUGAAGAUUUCAAACUGUAACUAGUUUUCUGGACUUGUGGGCACAUUGGGCCUAAAAUAUUGGGUCACUAAUAUUCUGGAGAUAUGUUAUAUACUUAUAUGCUUAUUUUAAUGAGCCCAUUAGUAUGUUACAAAAAAAAAAAAAAAAAAAAAAAAA